AUGGCAAAUUCAAAUCCAAAGCUUCUAAUUAUCUCCAUCUUCUUCAUUAUCCUCACAUUCUUCACACCUCAAGCUCAAUCAGUAGUAAAAGAGGGAUGUGAAGAAGAAGCAAAUGAUUGCAAUGACAAAGCUGGAGCUUUAACCCUAAAGAUAAUAGCUAUUGUCUCAAUCUUGAUUACUAGCAUGAUAGGUGUAAGUGCACCUCUUUUUACACGUUCAGUCCCUGCUUUACACCCAGAUAAAAGCCUCUUUGUGAUUGUUAAAGCCUUUGCUGCCGGUAUCAUUCUUGCAACUGGGUUCAUGCAUGUGUUACCAGAUUCUUUUGAUAUGCUGUCUUCAAGUUGCUUAUCUGAAAAUCCAUGGCACAAGUUCCCCUUUACUGGGUUUGUCGCAAUGUUAUCUGCCAUAAUCACUCUAAUGGUGGAUUCAAUGGCCACUAGUGUAUAUACCAAGAAGGCUACUAUUGGAGUUAACCCGGAGAGUGAUGCUCGUGGUGCCAGACCAGAUCAAGAGAUGGCUAUGGAGAACGCUGGACAUUUCCAUGGUCAUGGGCACCAUUGUGAGGCCAAACUUGCUGUUGGCGAAACACAGUUGCUUCGUUACCGUGUUAUUGCCAUGGUAUUAGAAUUGGGCAUCAUUGUUCAUUCAAUUGUGAUAGGCCUUUCUCUUGGAGCCUCAAACAACACUUGCUCAAUCAAAGGCCUUAUAGCUGCUCUUUGCUUCCAUCAAAUGUUUGAAGGAAUGGGUCUUGGAGGAUGCAUUCUCCAGGCUGAGUACAAGCUUUUCAAGAAGGCAAUCAUGGCAUUUUUUUUCUCAGUAACAACUCCUUUUGGAAUUGUACUUGGUAUUGGACUGUCCAAAACGUACAAGGAAAAUAGUCCCACUGCAUUGGUCACUGUUGGUUUGCUCAAUGCAUCCUCUGCUGGGCUCUUGGUUUACAUGGCAUUGGUUGAUCUUCUUGCUGCCGAUUUUAUGGGUCCAAAGUUGCAAGGUAGCGUCAAGCUCCAGAUUAAAUCUUACAUGGCUGUGCUUCUGGGUGCCGGUGGCAUGUCUGUAAUGGCAAAAUGGGCAUGA